CAGUGUUGUUGAAUUGUUUAAAAAACAAUCUCAGAGAACAGAGAAUUUGGCAUCUACCUGCAUUUAAACCUGAAUAAACGCUAAACAAAGCGAACACGAAAAAAAACAUCUCUGUAACAUUGUUCCUUUGAUCCUUGUCUAACGCGGCUACCAUGGAGACGAGCGCGUGCUGGCGGAAACACUGUCACCACUAGAGCGCUGCCUUUUGUUCAGAGGAGUUUGUGUUGGAUUCUGUCACAGUGUCGGUGUUUCUGAGCAGGGAUUAUGGCACCUCACAAGCCCGGCUCGGAUCCCUACAGAUCUGCAAAAACACACGCCAGCAGCCUGGGCAUGAGCGCUGCCAGAAGGCCCAGAAUGGAGCUGCUCCAAGCGGAUCACGAGCUCUUCUUACAGGCCUUCGAGAAACCAACUCAGAUAUACAGAUUCCUUAGAACGAGGAACCUCAUUGCUCCCAUUUUUCUGCACAGGACCCUCACGUACAUGUCCCACCGCAACUCACGACCUAGCGGCAAAAGGAAACAAUUCAGCAUGGAAGAUCUGCUCUUCAAGGUGGAGAGGAUGAAAACUGAGCAAGAGGCACACAACUUGGCGUCACACCUGCAGCUCACCUUCACCGGAUUCUUUCAUAAAGUUGAUAAGACACAGAACUGUGAAAAUGAGGAGAGCUCUGUUUCACUGGAGGUGUUACUCAUCAAAGUGUGUCAUAAGAAGAGGAAGGAUGUGAGUUGCCCCAUAAAACAGGUGCCUACUGGGAAGAAACAGGUGCCGUUGAACCCGCGAGUAAAGACAGGGACGUGGCCGACCAUCACGGUGACCAAUCAGGAGUUUGAGCCCAGUAACAGCCACAUGGUGAAAUCUUACUCACUGCUCUUCAGGGUCACAUGUUCUGCAGGGAGGGAGAUCAGCACCCGAGACAACAACGUUGCUGACGAGAUACCCGGCAGGAAGAAGCGUUACUCUUCUCACCAAGAUGAUGGAGAGACAACAUUUGUAGCACAGAUGACCGUGUUUGAUAAGAACAGGCGUCUGCAGUUGCUGGACGGUGAAUACGAGGUGUCAAUGCAGGAGAUGGAGGAGUGUCCCGUGAGCAAGAAACGAGCCACAUGGGAAACCAUUGUGGAUGGCAAGUGGGUUCCUCCGUUCGACACGUUCUCUCACGGCCCGACUUUGCAGUUCACGCUCCGCUGGACAGGCGAGGAAAGUGACCUCACGACGCCACCGGUGACUCGACCGCUCGCUACACGCAACACACACACUGGCGGCAGUGAGAACCAGAGGACUAACACACCUAAACCAUCACAAACAGUAGCAGUUAAAGAUCCUGUAAGCUCAGAUGCACUCUUGCGGAAAGAGCAGCUUCAUGUUGAGCCUCGGCAGAAACUCCGUGUUUAUUAUCAGUUUUUGUAUAACAAUAACACGCGGCAGCAGACGGAGGCUCGAGACGACCUGCACUGUCCCUGGUGUACGCUUAACUGCCGCAAACUUUACAGCCUCCUCAAACACCUCAAACUGUCUCACAGCCGCUUCAUCUUCAACUAUGUGAAUCACCCUAAAGGAGCUCGGAUUGAUGUGUCAGUGAACGAGUGUUACGAUGGAUCCUAUGUUGGAAAUCCUCACGACCUGCACUGUCAGCCAGGCUUCGCCUUCAGUCGCAACGGCCCUGUUAAACGCACCUGUGUCACACACAUCCUUGUAUGCAGGCCGAGGCGCACAAAGCCGUGUCUCUCCGAAUUCCUGGAGUGUGACGAGGUUCCGUUGGAGCAGAGGAGGCCUCUAGUGAGUGGCCAUAACCGCCUUUACUUCCAUAGUGACAGCUGCACACCUCUGCGUCCUCACGAGAUGGAAGUGGACAGUGAGGACGAGAAAGACCCUGAGUGGCUGAGGGAGAAAACAGUCAUGCAAAUCGAUGAGUUUACUGAUGUCAACGAAGGGGAGAAGGAGGUGAUGAAACUGUGGAACCUUCAUGUUAUGAAACAUGGAUUUAUAGCUGAUAAUCAGAUGACUCAGGCCUGCAUGCUAUUUGUGGAGAACUUCGGUUCUGUGCUCGUGGAGAAGAGCCUGUGCCGAAACUUCCUGCUGCAUUUGGUCAGCAUGCACGACUUUGGCCUGGUGAGCACACAGACCAUCGACAGGGCCAUGGCUCGCCUGCGCCAGUGUAAACCGGCGGGGAAUAACAACAACGCAGUACUGGCAAAGGAACACGCCUGAAACAUGGCAGGACAAAAACUUUAGAUGAACUUUCUCAGACCACAAAACCUGCCAGACCUCUGGAUGCCAGAUCAUUCAUUUUAACAAAUCAGCUGAUUCAUUGGAGAUAAUGAACGACGCCGUGCUUUGAAAUAAACAUGGGUGCUAUUUUUGUACCUUUUUUUUUUUUUUGGCGCCAAUUUUUUGAUGGAAAUAUUUUUAAUAUAUUUUAAACAGCGUGACAAGUGGGGGUAAGACCUGGCCAAUUUGGCGACUUUUAUUAUUAUUAUUUUUUUGUUUGCUUUUUUUGUAUAAUUAUUUUGUUCGAUGCUAUUGAAACUGUGUGUAUGUUGUGCGAUGUGACAGAAAAUUGUCCUGGUAGUACAUCCGGGGUUCAACAAGAGAUGGGCUUGUGUUAAAUUCGCUUACAUAUCAUGAUGUUGCCUCUUUUUAGCUCAGUGUCCUCAGCAUCAAAUCCUGCUGUGUAGUAAACUAUAUAAAAGGAGCAUAUUUGCUAAGCAAACUGACUACCUGAACACAACACUGCACAAACAUUAGUAGCAUGUUGAGUACCUAGCUAGCGACUUUGCACAGUAGCUAGCAAUAGACAAAAUCACUAGCAUGCUCGCUAGUGGGAAAGUCUUUCUGCCUAGCUGGAGGUUGAGCCAAAGAUGUAAGCAGGAAGUUAGUGAUGAAGUCAUGAUCUAGCUUUGUGAUUGGCAAAUUUAAUUCAAGCCCCAUCCUUGAUGAUCGGUCAACACAUCACAAUACAAAAUUACAUUUUUGGGAAAAUUGGAAGAUGUGUGUGCGUGUGGGAGUGAGGGGUUUUGUUUAACUGAUUAAUAAAUGAAUAAAUACAAUGUGAACAGGGGCAUCAUUUCCUCAAAGUUCGAAUAGUUACGUUUCUCAAACGUUGUAGCUUUUUUUUAUUUGAAAGGAUGUUUCUACUGGUUGUUAAUUUUUUUUCUGUGAUUGCUGAAAAAAUGUGAGAGAAGCUCAUAAUAAUUCAGGGUAACGCAAAAAAAGUGGUUGUCUCCCUGUAGUGGUGUCCGAGUGGGAGGUCUGCAUCAGGACCUAAACAAAAUCUUAUGAAGCUUCCACAGUAAACAAUGGUUUGUUUUUUUUUCUUCAACACUGUGAAGUAUAGAAUUUUAACCAGCGUCCUGACCUGCAGCAGGCUAAAAUAUUAUGUUGAACAUUUCAUGUGAGGUACAUGUUUAAAAUCAGGCAGGUGUUGCACAUGCGUAGUACAAGUCAAAGAAGUGGCACAGAAGGACUGAUUGAUUUGUUUUAAUUUUUAAUCAUGUCGCAUGGAGUUGUUAAAUCACUUACCCUUGACCUAGACAUGUCUGUUAGUCAGUGCAAAAGAGGAGGAUGAUGUAUUCACAGUUUUCUUGUAAAUGACUGACUUAGCUUGUUAAUUAACACACACUCACACCACACUGUGGUUCCAAGGUGCUGAAACUGAAGUGUGAAUGUCUGUAACUGUUGCACUGAAACCAAGUGGUACAUAACUGGGCAUGUGCCGGUAAUCAAUACACCUAAUCAUCAUAUAAUCCAUGGUGCUAUGAAAUAUCAGCAUGAACUCUCUCUCUCACUUGCUUUCCGUUUGGAGUGUCUUUUCCUCAUGAUAAUAAGGUUACCGGUGCGUGCUGUCAUUGGCUAGCUUUUUUCUAACUGACCUACCUAGCUAGGUAGGGAGUCAUAUUUGCGGUCUGUCAGCUUUGCGUUAUAGGAGUUAGUUAAACGUAACUACACCUUUCAUCCUUUUACCCUUCUCGCCAGUUCCUAGCUUGAAUACCAAAUAAGAUAAUAAGAUAAGUUAGUGCUUGUUGCAAAAAAAAAAAAAUACAUAAAACACAAGUUCACUUGCUAGGUGUCUAACUUAACGGUUUAGGAUUUUAAACUGAGAUAAGCGCUAAUGAAAGCUAGUUACUUGGCUGCACUUUCUGCUAGCCUAGCAUUUAAAGAUGUUGGGCAUCUAUCACAAACAUGCCUGGUGAAUAACACCAUUUAGAAUUGUUCAUCUAGAAGAUUUUUGUGAAGUUUAGCAGCUAGAGUUGCUCAGCUAGCACAAGUACAGCUUUUUGUUGAAAUUUUAAGUCUACUUGAAGGUGGUGUUCUGAGGUAAAAAUGAAGGCUGGCCAGUAAUAAUAAUGGCUAAAGCUAAACAUUUCGAUACGGCACACACACACACCUGUACAUAUAUACAUACAGUACAGGGUAACACACACACAGCCUUGUGAGUAGGGGGACACCUUGCAGAAUUGUUUACACUUAGUUAAUAAGUACUUUAUGCAGGAUGCAGUCUUUGUGUGGAUAUUUUAGUCACGUGGGGUUUUAUUUUUUGUAGAAACAAAUUAGGAAUGCACUGAUACAUAUUAUUUUUAUUUUUUUAAGUUUGAUGCUCGUUUCUGCACAUUUAAAUUGAGUGGCAAUAGUGAAGCGUAAAUACAGGACUUGCUUAAACUGUUAUUUAUGCUCUCUUAUAGUUACAUUCCAGUAUGUGUAAUAUGUGUGCGUCAUGAGAAGCACAGAUCUGUUGAAUCUUGGAAAAGUCCUAGCCAAUGACAGCUUGAGGUAAACAUCAUAUUCAUAUAUUGAUAACAUGCAGGAAAAUGAAGAGUGGAUCAGAUCAGAUCAGAUCCUGUCUGAUGUCUUUGUUCCAUGUCAGAUCAGUGCAUCUGUAGUGAGAAGUGCAGGUUAUUUCUUUUAUUUCUUUUUAUUUUCUUUUUUUUUCCCUAUUUCUAUUUUAAUUAGCAGUGUUUUGUUUUUCUUUCCUGCUGAUUGUUUUGGUUUGUUUCCAAUGUAUUUGUGCUGUUUUACUUUGCUUUAACCAAAAUGCAGUGAUGCGCACGUGCCGUUAAUCAGGUCGACGAUACAAUCACAAUAUUCUGUGACAAUACAUGUACAAUCUAAAUAUUCUUUCCAAUUGUCUUAAAACAAUCCUUAUUUUGGAUCAAUAUCAAGCCUAGUUUUUAGCAGAGAAGGCUGAGCCGUAUUUUAGUUUAGGUUAAAAAAUACACAGACUUGAUGCUCCUGGUGCAGUUAAACUAGUGAUCAUUUCACAAAGCCUGAAACAUUUGGAAUCUUGUAGGAUCUUAAGUAAACUCUGCCCACAAAGGCAGCAUUUUCAGAAUAUGCAUACAAGCCAGACAGCAAAACUCAUGCGAUUACAUUUUCGUAUCUUAAUCUCUUGAACUUAUUUUGUUUUUAAUUACAAAAUAUUUAAAAAAAAUUUAUUUUUUAAUUAGAGUUUUUAAAAUUUUCAUGCUGUGUUCAAAAAAUGUCUCACUUCUAUAAUUAACAUAAGCACAGAAGCUCUCCAGUCUAGUGCACGCUAAAUAUCACUAUUUUGUUGUGGAGCUGAUUAGCGGCACAUGGCUCUACUGUACACUUGGGGAACAGAUGCAAAAAAAAAAAAAAAGGAUUAUAUCUCAUGAGAAGGAUGGGUUUUUUUUUUGUUGAUGAAGUCGACUUCACAUACCAAAGGGAGCGAAGCUACUGUAAUUCUUUGAAAUUCUUUGCAUCCAUUUUGAAGCUUUGGCUUUACUUUUUUUUUUUUUUGAUGGAUCUGUGCAGGAGUUCUUAUUCAAUUCUGGACUGUAACUUGACCAGCUAAAAACAUUUUUCAGACCAGUGACGUUUGCACAAAAUACAGUUGGCCAUGGGGGGGAUGUAUAAAGAGCCAGCUUGUUGGUGCUUUUGUUCAAAAAGAGUUGUUUUGUUUUCUAUUUAAAAAAAAAAAUAAAUAAAGGAUUUUUUCAUUGCCAAUAA